AUGUCCGCCCAUGGUUUGCCCCUUGCCUCGAGCCUCUGGAUGUGCCAGACCAUGCUGGAAGCGACCGCCCUGCAGGUGCCGCAGCUCACUGUCUCGAACCGCUCCGCGGGCCGUCAACCUGCGCCUCAGGCCACUGACGGGGCAACUCAUACGGAGCAUGUGGACAAUGCGCUCAGCUUGUCGACGAACCAGGAAGUCGCUCGCGCUGCUGCCCGGGACGCGGGCGCUCAGCUCAAGGCAGCGGGCUUGCCGACCCACGGAGUUGAGCGCAGCUUUGGGGCCGCGGCGCCGGGCUGGCAGUUCGAUGAGAAGUCCCCGAUCAUCUGCUUGAGCCCUGCUCUGCGGUGGAUAUUGAGGCUGGCUUUUCUGGAGUUGCGCCGGAGAGGCUUCGGGCCCGGCAAAACCAUCGCCCGCGCGGUAUCUCGAUCGUCCAGUUCGAAGGGGAGGAAGGAGGGCAAGGAGGAACGGGUGGCCCCGAUCGAGUCCGAGGUGGAGGAGAUGAACGAGGACAGAGGGCCACAGUUGGUGAUCCCCGAAAUCCCGAACGAGAUCUGGAUGGGCCGAGUCCGCCACCAGCUGGCCGCCCUUUCGCUGGUGAGCGGCGCCGCCUUCCUCUGGCGCCGGGCAGCCGAGCCGCUGGACCUUCGGUCUUUCCUGGAGCUGCGUGCUGCGGGGGGCCCGACGGUUCUGGACUACCAGACACGGUGCCGCGCCUUCCUGGCCUGGGCGGCGCCCGCCCGUCUUCCGGUGGAGACGAUCCCGAGCCUGGAGGAGGCGUUGCUGGAGCAUUUCAAUUGGCUCUUCUUCGACGGGCACGACGUACCCCACGGGGCGAAGCUGGCGGCGGCGGUGGCCCAGUUCAGGCUCGACUUGCUGCCGAAGCUGCGCAACCUCCCCCUCGCGCAGGGGGCGCUGAAGGGCUGGCGGGCGCUGGCUCCACCGAGGGCGCGACUGCCCUUGCCCUGGUCGGUGGCCCCGUGGAUGGCCAGUUGGUUGGCGGCGAACGGCUCUGUGGCGGCUGCCAAGGCGGUCGUCCUGACGUUCGCGCUCGACCUUUGGCCGUCAGAGCUGCUGUCGCUCCGAGUGAGAUCAGUCGCGCGGCCGGUGAAAUCCGGACCGCGGCACUUGAGCAAGUGCCCCAUCCUGCUGUUCCCUGCCGAAAUGCAGGCGCGAUCCAAGACCGAGGGCCACGACGUCAGCCUGCUGCUGGACCACGACCACCCCGAGUUCAGCUGGGUGGACCGCGUCCUGGACCGCCUGGUGGACGGCCGCAGCGCCGAGCAGCCUCUGCUCAUGCUGGACAUGCGGGGAUGGGCUCGCGCGCCCAAUCAGGCCGGGGCCGCCCUGCAGCUGAAGCUGCGUCAUGGAGGGGCUAGCCACAAGAUGCUGACCAACGCUCGGGAGUUCGGCGACAUCAAUAAGCGGGGCCGCUGGGAGGUGUACCUGGAGAUCUUCAGUGGCUCUGGGAACUGGUCGCGGGCGCUGCGGCGAAGCUUAGCCCCCCGCCUCGCGCCUCGCGUCUUCGAGCUCGAUGUGGAGCACGAGCCCAUGCUGGCUGACCUCUCCAAGCGGAGCGCACAGCGCCAGCCGCUAGAGGUGGAGACGCCGAAUGGCGCCUUUUGGGCCAAGCUACGCGCCUCCGACGACGAGCUGGCCCGGCGGCGGGGGCGCCUGAGCGAGCUGCGGCGCGGCGCGGAAAGGCGGCGGAGGCAGGAGCUCACGGAGGCCGCGCUGCGGGCCACGAACGGCCUGCGCUUGUUGGGCCGGGCCUUUGCCGCCAUGCUGCAGGGCUGCGCCUGGCAACGCCGCGCCCGCCGGUGCCUCGCGGCCCUCGGCAGUCGCCACCGGCGCCUCCUGGCCUCCUGGGCCCUCGCCGCCUGGCGGGGCACGGCCGCGGGUGCCCGCUCGCUGCGGCGCCGCAGCGCGGACAGGCACCAGCAUCUGCUCGCCUUCACGGUGCACCGCUGGGCCCUCUGCGCGCGGUGGUUCGCGAGCGGCCGCCGCUCGCUGGCGCGGCGUUCCCUGGCCGCGUUGUUGGCCGCCUCGCGGGCUUCCGCCGCGGAGCGCAUGGGCCGCGCGUGGCGCCGCACCCUCGCGAAGGUCGUGCGCGAGUGGCGCGCCGUGGCGGGCAUGGCGCUGCGGUGCCGCGGCGUGGCCCACGCGCUGCAGCGCUCGCACGCGAGGCGCUCGCUGCGAUCGGUGGCGCGCGGCUGGGCCGCCGCGGCGAGGGCUGCAGCGCGUCGGCGGAGAGCGGCAGAGGAGCUGUCCCGGCGCCUGCGCGAGGCGGCGCUCCGAAGGGCGCUCGCCCGCGCAUGGCGGAAGGGCCGGCGACUCCGGCUCAGCUGCGGCGGCCGCCGCGGCCCUCGCCGGCGCCAGGCGAGUGCCCACGGGGGCUGCUCCCAGCGGCUUGCCCUCGCCGUCCUGGGCGCGCUGCGGCAGCACGCCGCGUCCCAGAGGUGUGUCGCCAGGGCCUUCGCGGACCUGCCGGCUCGGGCGGGGGCGCGCCUGGUCCCAAAGGACAUCGUGAUUUUCAUUACCGACCUUCGCUUCAGAGAAGCCAGCAUCAACACCUACAUCAACACCGACCAGACCUAUACAACGGACUUCGGUUUCAAUUCCAACGUGCCCGUCUUUACGCCUGCGAUCAUCACGGGCGUAUUCAACGCCAACGCCAGCCACAACGAGGAGGGCGCCAUCUUCACCUUUUCCAGCUCCGCCGCCUACGUCAAGGAUGACAUCGAGCGCGUGGAAGAGGGCGAGUCCGCACACAAGUCCAUUGUGGACCGCCUCCACGGUGCGAAACUAUUGAACCAGGAGUACAAGAUUAUCUUCUCGGGCCACCCGCUGGAGAGUCCCUACAAGCACGAGAAAGAGCACCGUGUCAUCCAUCCCGAUUGCGACUCGCGGCGAGGCCGUGCCCGUGCCGCCGGCGCCGCCGUGGCCGAGCUGCGCAAGGGCUGGGCGGCGCAGCGCUGGCACAAGGCCGCGCGGGUGGCGCGCGCGGCGCGGCAGUUGCAGGACCCCGUUUCUCCCUUCUGCUGUUGCUCCAGGCGCGAGGCCAUGAGCCACGCCCUAACGGACCUUUUCCUCGGCUUCCCGAGCGGCGACAUCGGGGGCGAGAUGGUGGUACAUGACUGGGGCAUCUCCGAAACUGAGACGGCCCCUGCAACAGAUGAAUACCCCCGAGAAGCAAGCUUGUUUGCCCCAGUAAACGACGAGGUGCGAGGGGGCACGCUUAUGACGCCAACGAGUGACGCAGUGUGUGGAGACACGCUGGGGCAACGCACGGGCUGCAUCAAUGACAUCACGGCCGACGACUUGUUUGACGCUGGCUGGGGCCUUGUCAGGACUGGGGCUUACAUGGCGUUCCGAGGAACCAAAAGCAAGGGGAGCACCCGUUCGGAGGAGGUACUCAUGCCCACCUCGAAGAAUAAGGCCAAGUCGGCCGCUUUAGGAGCUCCGGAGCCCAGCGGGCGGUUCGCGCCGGCGCGCGCCGGCGGGGAGCUUCGCCAGCAGGUCGAGGGCUUCCCAGACCAGGUUGGCCCAUCUGGCCUCGAAGGACACCUGGUGGUCAACCACAUGGAGGACUCCUGCGCGUGCGGAAUCGACACCGACGCGUCCUCCAGGGCGGGGUUGGCUGCGUCCGCUCCAGGGGGCGGCGUAGCCACGUCGAGGAAGUCCGUCCGGAUCCACUUGAGCAGCACGUCGGGGCGCGGCGCGGCCGUCGGCUGGUGGGCCUGCUGGGCGCUGCGGGGCCGCUGGGCCGCCGGGCGUGGGCGCCUGGUGGCGUCGAGGCGCCGCCUGGGCCUCCUGCGGCUGGCCCUCCGCCUGUGGGACGAGGCGGUGGUCGCCAGCUUCCGCGAGGCCUGCGACAGCCUCCGCCAGCGCGAGGCGCACCUCGCGGCCGAGGAGGCGGCCCGGCGCCGCGGCGAGCGGGCCCGGCGCGAGAUGGAGGCCGAGGUGGAGCACAAAGCCGCCGAGGCCGCAGAGCUGGCCUCGAAGGCCCGCGAGGCCAAGGGCGCCAUCGCCCGGCUCCUGGAGCUGCUGGAGGGGGAGCGCUCGACCAGCUUGGCCCUGGAGGACCAGGCCCGCCGGCUGCAGGAGGAGGCGCGGGGCCGGGCUGAAGCCGGCAGCGUGUCGGUGCUGGGGGCGCUGGAAGCCCAGCUGGAGGAGGCCGCGGAGGUGCAGGGAUCGCUGCGAUUCUCCUUGCUGCGGGCCGAAGCCGAGGGCGAGCGCGCGCGGGCCAGCAGGGAGCUGGCGGAGAGCCGGACCCAGGAGCUCAGCCCUCGCCGUCUCGCCGAGGCACAGGCGUCCUACGUCCGGACUGUCGAGGCCAUGGACUGGAGGAUCGCGGAGCUGGCUCAGGCCAGGGGUAUCCAGAGGUCUGCCGCCCUCGGCCUCUCUCGGGCCGCGGGGCCGCCCUGUGCGCUUCGGCGGGGCGACCUCGGCCGAUCGCGGGUGAGGCCCCGCGUGGUCCUGGACCCCGCUUCCAUCGGAGGCGUGGCUUGUAAGUUUUACACCACGCUGGUCCCGUUGGUCUUCUCGUGUGAAGGGUGUAAGCGAAGACCCAUUCGUAAGAACAGGGACCUGUGGUCCCGUAUCACGCGUAGCAAGCACGCCCGACUGCAGGAGAUAUCUGUCGAGGCAUAUUCUUUGCUUGGCGAAGUUGAGAGGCACCCGAAGCUCCCGACUCUCCCGCCUCAUUGGCUCAGGGUCCUGUGGCUUCUCCUCAACGAUAAGGAAGUACAGCUUGACGGGCAGCUCCAGGAAGAGCACGAGGCCCUGCGGACCCUGGAGCUCCGCGUGUCCGAGCCGCGCCUGGUGUGGCUGCCCCCGGGCAGCAACGGGCAGCCGCGCACCCUGUUCGCCAAGGUCGGCCUGCUCGAGGACCGGGCCGCCGCCGUGGAGGUCUCGUGGGACAAGCCGGUACAGAUCCAGCUGCGCGGGGAGAGGUCCACCCUGCUGAUCUCUCUUUACGCGGCCGAGUAUUUCCAGGGCCACGAGGAGAGGCGAGCCCUCUACGAGGUGGCCCUGCCGUGUUGGGGCCCCGGCGGCCUCGCGGACUUGGGCCUCACGCAGGGCGGCGCGCCCGUGACGCUGGUGCUGGCGGUGUCCCCUGGCAAGCGGUGCAGCGAACGCCAGAGCCGCGAUGAGCUCGCCGAGGAGCUACGCCAGGCGCGCGAACAGUAUCACCCUGAUCGGCCGUUCUUGGGGCUGUCCGUGAGCGAGGUUGGCAACCAGCAAUUCCAGCAUUCACCAGAGGACGGCGCGUGGCACUUGCCCUCCGCCCGCAGGCAGAUGAUCGCCCUGGAGCUCCAGAACGCGGCGCUGCUGGAGCGCAGGCGGGAGCUGCAGCAGGCGCACCCUGACUACGUGUGGCAGAUGCCGGAGGCUGCAGCAGAGGAGCCUUCCGCCGCCAGCCACGUGCAACAGCUGUUCCUCAUCCAGCAGGAGAACCAGCAGCUGCGAGCAGAGAAGGCCGCGAUGCUGCAGAAGCUGGAGCACACCCGGCAGCUGCUGUCGGGCGCCAUGCGCGACAGGCCGGGGGCGGAGCACGACUGGGCGGACACCCUUCGCGUGAUGACACAGGAGCUGGCCCACUGCCGCGACCGGCAGGUGAAGAUACGGGCCAACUACGACGAGAGGAAGCGCGAGCUGCAGGCGCAGCUGCAGGCCGCGCAGGAGCAGGCCGCGGCGCAGGCCUCAGAGCGUCGCGCCCUGGUGCGGGAGCAGAUCGGCCAGGAGGCGGCCGCGUUGCAGGCGCAGAUCGAGCGCGCCACGCUGCGGCGGAACGAGCUGAUCCGGCAGUGCCAGGAGGCCCGGGACGCAGCCGAGGAUCAGAAGCGGGGCAUUGAGCAGGGCUUGUUUGACACCGUGUCCAGCAACCCUGACAUCCAGAGGCUCGCGCGCGAGUCGGAGCAGUACAAGAUCGAGCUCAGGGAGCUCCAGCACGAGCUCUCGGCGCAGCAGGAGCGCGACGCCGGCUCCAGACGCCAGGAUAACCUGCAGCGUAACAGGCAGCAGCUCCUGUUCGAGCUCGAGGAGUUGGACAAGGUCGGCGAGGACGAGAGGGUGCGCAGCGAGAGCGAGGUGAGGGAGCUGAAGAACGAGCGCGACAUGGUCAAGGAGCACUUGGACAAGGCGACGGCCGAGCUGCAGCACCUGCGCGUGAAGGCGGAGGCGUUGCGCGGGCUCCGCGCGCAGAACCUCGGCAUGGAGCCGCCGGACAACGGCAUCGAGAGGCUUGAGCAGGAGACCGAGCAGCUGGCCCGGGACCUGGAGGACCUCCGCUCCACGGAGGACGCGCGCAAAACCACCAUCGAGGAGCUGGAGCGCGAGCAGGAGGAGCUCGUCGCGAAGACGAGCAUGAUCACGGGGAAGGCCGUGCCGAUCCAAGGGGGCGACGCUGGGGAGUACGUGUUCGGGCUGGAGGAGAAGGUCCGCGAGCUCCAGGGCGCGCUGCAGCAGGGCGCGGCCGCCUGCAGCGAGCUGCAGCGCGAGGUGUCCCACUUGCGCGCUGCGUCAGAGGAGGCCAAGCGGCGGUCCGCCGCCCUGCAGGAGAGCUACGAGGAGCUGCAGCGCAGCUCCGACGAGAGGGUGUCCCGGAGCCCUGUGCCCUCAUCCGCGGCCCUGGGCUGA